AUGUUUCUACCACUUUUCAUUUUUGUAUUAACAAUUUGUGCUCUAUACGGUGAUAAGGAAUGCGGUAAGAACGAAGUUAAAAGCAAUUGCGCUGGCUGUGAAGUAAAGUGUGGUCAAAGUGAAUUCGAUCCAUGUCCCGCGAAAUGUCGUCUCGAUGCAUGUUACUGUUCACCUCAUGCUUAUCGCCGAAAUGCAACAGGAGCAUGUGUGCCCAUUGCUGAAUGCCCUAAAAUGGAGAAAAAGGAGAAGGAAAAUGAAAUCUAUUUUCUUUGCAGUGAUGCGAACGAAAUUGAAUUAAAACAAUUUGUUUAUGAACAAUAUUUUGAAAAUGUUCUAAUUUUCUGGGAACUUGUGAAAGUUGCUUCUGUUAUAUGUUGUCGGUACACUUCCAAAACCAAUACCAUUUUCAUGAUUGUGUUAGUGAGUUAUUCGCUUUUCAUUCUUUUUCAAGUAGAAAAGGCAUAUACUUACACUAAACCAGUGUUUACUAAACGGGCUCAAGCCUCUAUAUAUUUUUUAAAGAUAUUAAUGAUUUGUGCUGCGUACGCUGAAAAAAAAUGCGGUAGGAAUGAAAUUAGAACUAUUUGUGGUGGUUGCGAAUUAAAGUGUGGUCAAAGCAAAUUCGAUCCAUGUCCUGCAAUAUGUCGUCGAAAUGCCUGCUUCUGCUCACCUCAUCGUUACCGCCGGAAUUCAUCAGGGGCGUGUGUGCGCAUUAGUGAAUGCCCUAAAAGAAAUACAAGUUAG